AUGGCUGCCACUCGGCGAUUGCAAAAAGAACUGGCUGAUCUUCAAAAGUCCGACAAACCCGAAAUUCUUCAAGUCAAAGAUCUCGGCCCUGCAAAUGACCAGAUUUUGAAGUGGAACGGGACCAUCUUCCCGGAGAAAGAGCCUUACAACAAAGGAGCGUACACUAUCAUCAUAGAAUUUCCCGUCGAGUACCCUUUCAAGCCGCCAAAAGUUACCUUCAAAACUCCAAUUUAUCAUCCAAAUGUGGACGAAAAAGGCAGCAUUUGUCUCUCCGUUGUAGACAAAGAACACUGGAAGCCCGCAACGAAAGUUGAGCAUAUUCUUACAGAACUCGUUCGUCUGAUCGAGACGCCCGAGUGCGAUCAUCCUCUGAGAACCGACAUCGCCACCGAAUUCCAGAAAGACUACAAGAGCUUCGUGAAGUCAGCAGAAGACCACGCUAAGAAGCACGCUCCAAGAUCAUAA